GCGACGUUUACGAAACCCCCGAGCUCCGACCUCCGCAUACAUUCAUUCGCGCCCUCAUAAACAACCCAUCCGACACCCCAAACUUGUGUAGGGACAGCCACUCUUUUCACAAUACCUUCACCAUGGCGCAGGGUGGGCGCUACCGCUUUUUGACCAUUGCGGUGGUCUUCCAUCUGAUCUAUAUUUACAGCAUUUUCUCAAUUUAUUUCGUGAGCCCUAUUGUCCGUGGAAUGCGAGAGCACCGCGUCGAAAAUCAAGAGGCGCCCGCGAAACGAUUGGUCUUGUUUGUUGGUGAUGGCCUUCGCGCAGACAAGGCCUUCCAGUCCUUUCCUGACCCAAACCCUGCCCGCUCCGAUUCCGAAGAAGCCAAAGUUCCUCGUCCCCUUGCGCCAUUUCUACGGUCCCGCGUCCUAGAACAUGGUACUUUCGGUGUCUCACACACUCGCGUCCCUACCGAAUCGCGACCGGGCCAUGUAGCGUUGAUCGCAGGUUUAUACGAGGAUGUCUCCGCGGUUAUGACGGGCUGGAAACUCAACCCUGUCAACUUUGAUAGCGUCUUCAACCGAAGCAGGCAUACUUGGAGUUGGGGAAGUCCAGAUAUUUUGCCGAUGUUCGAGCAGGGCGCUGUUCCAGGACGAGUUGACGCAGAUACAUACAGUGCAGAAGAUGAGGACAACUCAAAAGAGGCGUACCACUUGGAUCUUUGGGUGUUUGAGAAGGUCAAGGCUUUAUUUCAAGAGGCAAAGACAAACGCGACGCUGGAUGCCGAAUUGAGGAAAGACAAGAAUGUGUUUUUCCUUCAUCUGCUCGGGCUGGACACCACUGGACACUCACACCGACCAUACUCAUGGCAAUAUCUACACAAUCUACAGAUUGUGGACGAGGGCGUGAAGGAGAUCACGCAGCUUAUAGAUGAUUUCUAUGAUGACGGGAAGACGGCCUAUGUUUUCACCGCAGAUCAUGGAAUGAGCGACUGGGGUAGCCACGGUGACGGACACCCAGACAACACGCGUACACCUUUGAUAACUUGGGGAUCUGGUGUCGCACCGCCCGUCGUCAAUAUUUCUGGAACCGCCGACGGGCACCAAGACGGGUUCUCCUCUGACUGGGGGCUUGACAAUAUCAAGCGACAUGAUGUCUCUCAGGCUGACGUCGCUGCACUCAUGGCCUACCUUGUGGGGCUGGCCUUCCCCACCAACUCAGUCGGCGAGUUACCUCUUUCCUAUCUCGAUACGGAUCUAAAGUCUAAAGCCGAAGCAUUGCUGGUCAACGCAAAGGAGAUAUUAGAGAUGUAUCAUGUCAAAGAGGAUCAGAAGAAGUCUAAAGAACUUUACUACAAACCCUUUUCUGGGUUGGGCGAUGAAGCGCACUCAGUCGAGCAUCGAAUCGCCCAGAUUGAGCAAGCGAUCGCCAGUGGAGAUCCGGAGGGUGCUAUACGCCAAUGCAACGAACUAAUCCAGCUUGGCCUCCAGGGGCUCAGAUAUCUGCAAACGUAUGACUGGCUAUUCCUUCGGACAUUGGUGACUGCAGGAUACAUCGGCUGGAUCGUCUUCGCAAUCACGACUGUUGUCGACCUCCACGUUCUUAAUGCCGAAACCAAGCCAUCGAGAUCUCUUCCAAGCUUGAUUACGUUUUCCUCCAUUCUCGUAGCACUUUAUUCGGCACUGUUCACUCAGGAGUCGCCUUUGGUGUACUAUGCCUACGCGUUCUUCCCUGUAGUGUUUUGGGAAGAGAUCUGGGCUCGCAAAUCGGCUCUCUAUGAAGGUGGCAAAGUGCUUUUUGCGCACGUAUCAUCAGGGACAGAUAUCUUCAAGCUGGUGCUGUCUACGCUGGGGUUUUUUGGUCUUUUGGAAGCAUUGGUUCAAAGCUACUUCAGGCGUGAAAUCUACACCGUUUGCUAUCUUUUGGCUACUACUUGGCCAGUGUUUUACGGGCUGGACUUCGUGAAGAAGAACAUCUUGACCGUUGCUCCAUGGGUAUUCUCUUGUGUGAUUAUGAGUAUAUUCACCACGCUUCCAGCGAACAAGGCGGAAAACCUGAGUCUCAUUAUGUAUGGGGGCGUGCUCAUGUUUGCCGUCGGAUUGGUCUUCCUUUUAUUUGAGAGGAGAAUCACUGCCGAAAAUGAACAAUCCGGGAAAGACGCAGUUCAGGCUGGACAAGACAUCCCGACACAGAUUGUUUAUGGGUGUCAAAUGGGAUUGGUUCUACUAGCCAUCAUUGUGACACGGUCCAGCGUGGUUACGCUUCAAGCAAGGCAAGGCUUGGGUAGUGGAAACAUCUACGUGGGCUGGUUCACGCUCGUGUCAUCGUUGGUAUUGCCUCUGGCGUAUAGUGGGCAGGCCAAAAGGCAUUACCUCCAGCGGCUCACUGCAAGCUUCCUACAAUUCGCACCGACGUUCAUCAUUCUCACCAUCUCGUUCGAAGGGCUGUUCUAUUUUGCUUUUUGCAUGUGUCUUUUCAGCUGGAUGCGGCUGGAGCACAGCGUGUACCUACACAACAAUAGCAAGAGCCCCAAAAACGAAGGUUCAGCAGCAAAUGGUGUCAAAGCUGCCGUUGCAGCGGCUGGCGACAGGCUCAAAGCCCUGGAGAAGGGCGAAUAUCGAUCGUUGACGCUGGCAGAUGCGCGGAUCGCGCUGUUCUUUUUCUUCUUCGUCCAAUCGGCGUUCUUCAGCGCCAGCAACAUCGCUUCAGUGUCAUCGUUCUCGCUGGAUGCCGUGUAUCGUCUCGUGCCGGUGUUUGAUCCGUUCUCGCAGGGGGCGCUUCUCAUCGUCAAGCUCAUGGUGCCUUUUGCGGCGCUGUCAGCCAACUUUGGACUGUUGAACCAACGGCUUGGUGUGGCGCCAUCGGCGUUGUUCAUGGUGGUCAUGGCAGUCAGCGACGUCAUGACGCUGAGUUUCUUUUACAUGGUCAAGGACGAAGGCAGUUGGUUAGAUAUUGGGACGACGAUUAGCCACUUUGUGAUUGCGAGUCUGUUGGGGGUGUUUGUGGCGGGGUUAGAGUUGGUCAGCGAAAGCAUGGUCGGCAGCGUGAAGAUGGAGGCGAAGAAGGAUGUCAAUGGAAAGGCCAAUGGGGCGGUGAAUGAAAAGGAAGGAACACGCGUUGCGGCAGCAGAGAAGGUCGGAUAG